ACUUGCCGUAGUUACACCGGCAACGUGGCGUAUGGGUAAUGUAGUUCAGUCGGAGGCACGUGGGGCGGUCCGUUUCAGCUCAGUCGAAGUUUGCGGAAACAUGGCGGGUCUGGAGCUGCUGUCUGACCAGGGAUACCGUUUAGAUGGACGAAAAGCCACCGAGUUGCGGAAGGUUCAGGCCCGCAUGGGAGUGUUCGCUCAGGCUGACGGCUCCGCAUAUUUAGAGCAGGGGAACACCAAAGCUCUGGCUGUGGUUUAUGGUCCGCAUGAGGUGAGGGAAGUGCAUGAAUGGAGACUAAACACCAGCGUGGGUCACUAGCUGGAGAGAUAUGCAGAAAGAAAUGCUUAAUUCUCCUAUAAUAAGGCAUUGUUCGACUGCUAUUCUUGGCCAAAUAUACUAAGAAUGAUUGACUUUCAACUUGUGUCGAUAAUCAUCCAAAGAAAGUGUUAUGUGAAGUGAUAAUGCAGACCAUAGGCUCAGUACUAAAUUUCUUUAGCAAAGAGCCUAAACACAACUCACCUACUCUCUUCCAGCAGCCGCUUGUUUGCAGUGAGACCUCAGGCCAGUCUAUUACGGACUGCUGCGGGAUGACGCACCUCAAGGAAGAACAUUUAUGAUCAUUUCCUCAUGGAAAUGCAAUCAGACCAAGAUGCUAAGGCAGAAGAACUACAGCGUCUGCAGUGCAAAAUGAUUAAUAUGGUGAUUAUUACUUCAAGGAAAUGAUAAAGAAAUGAUCAUAAAUGUUCUUUCUUGAGCUGCGUCAUCCCGCUGCAGUUCGUAAUGUUUUGGCCCGAGGUCUCGCAACAAACAAGCGGCUGCUGGAAGAGAGUAGGUGAGUUGUGUUUAGUCUCUAGUGCUGUGGCUGAUGCUAGGACCCUAUAUGUACUGUUCAUGAUGUUAGGUUCUGUUCUGAUCAUUAUUUGUGGCUAUAGAGUGGCGCUUUGGUUGAGGUUUGUUUAUGGCUCCACAGACCGCUGUGUAUUGCUAUUGUGCGGUCGUUACUAAAGUUGGUAUAACUAGAGAAGCAAGUGGUCGGCAACAUUCAUCUCUCGAGGGGGUGUCUAACUCGGUAUUACGGUGUGUUUGACCCUGAAUUAAUUUUACACCAGAAUAUCCCUUUAAUCUGUCACACUCAUCCUUGCACUGUGAUUUAAGAGAAGCAAAAAAAAUGUCAUAGAUUUUUUUUUUUGUUAGGAGGUAAAUCUUGGGGAUAACAUGUUCUUUUUUCCCACCUAGAUGCGAGGUUCACGCAGCCGGACUCGGCAUGACCAAGCUGUCAUCAACUGUCAGUAUAGCAUGGCCACAUUCAGCACAGCAGAGAGGAAAAGAAGACCACACGGGGACCGGAAGUCUACUGAGAUGAGCCUCCACCUGAAACAGACAUUUGAAGCUGCAGUAAUGACCCAGCUGUAUCCACGCUCCCAAAUAGACAUCUAUGUCAAGGUAGGUGUUAAGGAGUGAAAGGUGGAUUUUAGGAUCAGUGUUUAAGGAGAAAAAGCUAAUGUGAGGAAUUUCUUCCCAAACAGAUUCUCCAGUCUGAUGGAGGGAACUACAGUGUAUGCGUGAAUGCUGCCACUCUGGCUGUGAUUGACGCUGGCAUUCCCAUGCGGGACUAUGUGUGCGCCUGCACGGUCGGUUUUGUUGAUGAGACGCCACUUGCAGAUCUUUGCUACGCAGAAGAAAGUGGAGGAGUGAGCUCUCUGGCCUUAGCGCUGCUGCCCCGAGGUGGACAGAUUGCUCUGCUGCAGAUGGACGCCAGACUACAUCAGGAUCACUUAGAGACACUGAUUGAAGCUGCCAUGACAGCUUGUAAAGGUGUGAGCAAGGUGCUUGAUGAAGUGGUGCGACAACAUCUCCAAGAAAGUUCUGUGCUCUCAGGAGAGUGAUGCUGGGAGUAAAGGGGAACGAUGGAUCUGAAAGUGUUAUUGGACUGACUGGGGAGGAAUGAUGGGAAAAUUAUGUCGUUUUUUUUGUUUUAUAUAUGCUCAUGUAAGUAUUUUGCAAAAUAUAUGUAGUGAAAAUAAUAAAUGUGUUUAAUCGCUA